CUGAUGCUGGACACUGGACAGUGCCGCGCGCGCGCGCAAACGACGCACGCGUUCACUCAGCCAUCUUGAAUUUAUUUAAAGGAUAGCAGCCAUGUUUCGACGAGGAGUUUUGUUGACAAUUUUCCUGCAAGUAACUCAAAAUGUGCAGACAUCCCAGCAAGUGCAGCUGUCGGAGUCCUACCUGCCAGUGGCCAUGCAGGUCAUCGCGCACCUCACAGACCAGAUGGCCUUCGAAGUGAAGGACGACCUUCCCCCCAGGACCUCCACUACCGCUAAACCUCUGGAUAUAACGACACCUUUCCACAAACCUGGUCUCUUCGCCCCACCAUACCCUCCUAAACCAACAGAUAAAGGUAUCUCAAAGAACCAGAACUACGUCCUCCUGCCCGUAGAGCAAAACGCAGAAUACACAAUCAUAGAACCACAGGAGAAGAAGACCGAAGAGCCAUUCCUUUCAGCUCAUGAUGAGGAGGUCAAACCUCUGAUGGAGCCUAAACCUAACCUGUCGCAUCAGUUCUUGCCUUUUGAACAAGACAUUAAAGCUUCCAGACGCUCUGAUGGGUACGAGGACAUUGAUGAGGAAAGCCUGCAGUACUUAUCACAGAACGUGAGGGACAUGAUCAGAAUGGCCAAUGACCCCGAUGACGACCGAGUGGUGGAUGUGUGGGACGGACUGAGGGCCAGUCCGUCGGAGCCUUCCGCUAGACAGAAGCUGUCAUCCUCUAACUUGAGGCUGUUGCUGCUGUAUGAUCUACUCAGCAGGGAUGCCAAGAGGCAGAGGCUCUCGGAUUACACUGGAUUCUCCCCGAACGUGAUGAGGGCCUUAGUGGAAUCCUCGGGUGGUGGAGCCAGAGCACAACUCAGCAUGGCCCUGGCCAGGAUGGUGGAGCGCCACGACUGUGGCCACGAGUACGCCAACAACCGCGCCAGGGAAAUGGUCGCCGAGCUGGCCAGAGACGAGUCAAAGCUGUCGUCUGAACUGAGAUACUUACAGCCACUUGUCUAUAAGUUCGAAUAAAUAAGUCUGAUCGUAAAGGUAUAUCAAAAAGCAUGGGUAAUGGAAAAUUCUGAAUUUAUAAAGCACAGUUAUUACAGGCAUAUGAGGCUUAACACCUUCACCUCAGGUUGUCGGACACAGCGCGGCAAUUUGUAGGGCAUCCUCACGAGCAUACCCAGCUCCUGGUACGAUUGUGCUUGGUUUUUGAACAUUUUGCAGAGGUCCUUCUAUAAUCGAUACUGAAAAACUGUGUUUUUUUAUUUUAAUCUGUCUGUUACAUACAGACAGACAGACAAAAAUGAAUGGCCGCCAUACAUUUUAUAAGAGAGCUCAAGCUAAGUUUACCUAUUUAGAUCUUCAAAAAACCAAAAAAUACCUUUACUUUUUGAAUUGCCUUAUUUUUACAUUGAAUUGUUUUAUAUAAAUUGAAGAUGUGUAUUAUGGUAGCCAAUAUAGUCAGCAUAUUAAUAGAAAUCCCUUAUUCAUUAAGUUCUCUGAGAGUAAUCAGUCAAAUAGAUACAAAGUUAAUAAGAAUAUACAUCCCGCGAUCACGUUGAGUUGUCUAUCUUUUACAAUAAAUAACUUAAUACGAGUUAAAUGGUUCGGAAAUACCUGUGCCCUUAAAAUAAGCUUACUAUAGAACACACUAUAGAAAACAAAUGAUUUCACGUGGUCUUAUCUUUUAACCUUUUGUGUAGGUGUUGAUACAUGUAGCUACAGGAUCUGUUAAGAGUAAGCAACAAGCUGUAUUGGUUAACCAUAAUAUAAAGUACGGAAACAAAAACCAUAAUAAUUAUU